UUGAAUAAUGACGAAUGAAUGAAUGAUAGAUAUUUGGGCUCCAGCUCCACUAAAAGAUUUAUAGUGUGGACAGGUUAGUGGUUAGAAAAAGAAAAAAAAAGUGACAAACAACUCAAGUUGGUGUACACUAUAUCACUGUAUUGUCUAUAUAGUAUAGUCAUUAAACUGAAUUGCAACUUGAAACUAAUUGUAAGUUGCAACUCAAAAUGAUGAAAAUCUGGAAGAAACAAGCAGUGUUAAUGUGGUUGGUAAUACUACAGUGAUGAUAUCAAAAGGCGGCGAAUCUGCAAUAGGAAUGAACUGGGGAACCCUAUCACAACACAGACUACCAGCAACCAAAGUGGUGGAUCUGUUGAAACAGAACAAGAUCUCUAAAGUGAAGCUUUUCGAUGCCGACCCAGAAGCUCUUAAUGCUCUUAGGGGUACCCACAUUCAAGUUAUGGUUGGCAUUCCUAAUGAUUUUCUGCCUAUUCUUAGCUCUUCUUCCAUAGCCGCUGAUUCUUGGGUUCGCCACAACCUUUCCGCUUAUGUCUCUUCUAACCCUCCCGCCGACAUCAGGUAUGUAGCUGUUGGAAAUGAACCCUUCCUCACUAGCUACUCUGGCCAAUUUCAGUCUUAUGUUGUGCCAGCUCUACUUAAUUUGCAGCAGUCAUUGGUCAAAGCAAAUCUUGCCGCCUCUGUCAAGCUAGUAGUUCCCUGUAAUGCUGAUGCCUAUGAGUCAACUGUACCAUCUCAAGGAGCCUUUCGCCCCGAACUUUCCCAGAUUAUGACUGAACUUGUUUCCUUCCUCAAUUCCAAUGGUUCUCCAUUUGUUGUCAACAUCUAUCCCUUUUUAAGUCUUUAUGGAAAUUCAGAUUUCCCCCAAGACUAUGCAUUUUUUGCAGGGACAAACCAUCCUGUAAUAGAUGGACCAAAUGUCUACUACAAUGCCUUUGACGGUAACUAUGACACAUUAGUUGCAGCACUUAACAGAAUUGGGUAUGGUCAGAUGCCCAUAGUGAUUGGGGAGGUUGGUUGGCCUACAGAUGGAGCCAUUGGUGCAAAUCUUACUGCAGCCAGGGUUUUUAACCAGGGCCUUAUAAAUCAUGUCCUUAGCAACAAAGGGACUCCUCUCAAGCCUGGGGCCCCACCUAUGGACGUUUAUAUCUUCAGCCUUCUUGAUGAAGACUCAAAGAGCACCCUCCCAGGGAACUUUGAAAGGCAUUGGGGAAUUUUCUCUUUUGAUGGGCAAGCUAAGUAUCAACUGAAUCUUGGUCUAGGUGUUGGGUCUUUACAGAAUGCAAUGGAUGUUAGGUAUCUCCCGGCUAGAUGGUGCAUUGCAAAUCCAUCAAAGGAUCUAUCUCGUGUGUCAAACCAUUUACAACUUGCUUGUAGUGCUGCUGACUGCACUAGACUUAAUUAUGGUGGUUCAUGCAAUGGAAUCGGGGAAAAUGGGAAUGUAUCAUUCGCAUUCAAUAGCUACUAUCAGCUACAGAAACAAGAUGUACAGAGUUGUGACUUUGACGGUCUUGGUGUGGUCACUUUCUUGGAUCCUUCAGUUGGACAAUGUCGAUUUCUUGUUGGUAUCACAAACCCUUCUUCAAGUCAUGGAUUGCGCGGCAAAUGGAUGAUUUUCUGGACAUUAUUCUUUUCAGGGAGCAUUGUAAUUCUACUUCAGGUCAAAUAAGACUAUAAAGAACAGGGUUAUAUUUGCUUAUCUUUCUCCAUGUCAAUAUGUCAUGAUUUGGGUUUGGACAACCAAAUAAUACAAAAAAAUUAAUUUAAAAAAAAAAAAAAUCCU